AGAGAUGGAGGAGGCAGCCAUUCGUGGGUUGCCAUCAGCAGUGAUCUGCACCGGUCAGCGGGCUACAAACAGAGAGGACGGCAGACAGCACUCCGCCACCCUCCUGAGGCCACAACACACACACACACACACACACACAGACAGAGAGGGAGGGAUGGCACCAGCCGAUGACAUUGCAGUGUGUCCGCGGCGCACCGGUGAGUAUUGAGAUCGGUCUGUGUGUGUCGUCAGGGCGAUGCAUUGCCGUCACCGCUGCCAUCCUCGUGCUCCUCCUCAGCCGACACACCCCCACCUGCCAUCGACACAGACACAGACGCACACACGCAGACGUAUGAUGCGGGUCGGUGUGGAAGGUAAGGCAUCUGUGGCGGGGGCGUCUGUGCCUUCCUCCCUCUCUGUGUACCUCCGCUGUCCUCUCUGUCGCUGCCGUCAUCCAUAUCAUCCCAACCGCCGCCAUGGCCGUCGGAAUCUACACCACACACAAAGACAGACAGACAGAGAAGUCCUGCCGUCCAUCCAUCCAACGCCACCAUGUGUCUGUGUGUCCCCUCCCCUCCCCUGUCCGCACCGUCGUCAUCCUGCUGCUGGUCUUCUACCUGGCCGUCAAAGACGUAUGGCGCCACACGGGCCAGCGCCACACGGGCCAGCCGAGUGGUCACGGGGAGGCGGUCCUUGAAGGCACCACCAGCACCAGCCACAGGCGCCUCGGUCGUCACGACAUACACCGACACUGCAGACAGACAGACGAGAGAGAACAACACAUGUGGCAGUUGACGAGCAGAGCUGCCUGUCUGUCGGCCUGACCGUCGCCGUCCCCCAAAUUCGAAAUGAUAGUCCACGCGACGAAGGAGUGGCUGCUGUUGGUCAGCACCAGAACUCGCGCAUCACCGAUGUCAUCUUCCCCGCUGAGUGUAGUAGUGCACCCGGGGAGGCGGAGAGACCGCUGGAUACACACAUAGCUCGGCAGACAGACCUAAAAGACAGACCCACCCCAGCCCCUCAGCCCACAGCCAGCCUGGAUGGACCAUCGGCAGCUAUCCAGGAUGGACCAUCGGCAGCUAUCCAUGCAGCCACUUGAAUGCAACCCAGCUACAGGUAUUCUCCUGAACACAGACGCACACGCCGGGAGGGCACGGCAUCCAUUCACACACACAUUCCUCCCUCAGUCUAUACCGUCAUCGUCGCUGUCGUCGUCCUGCUGCUGCUGUACUUGUCCGUCGAAGACAUAUGGCGCCACUCGCCCCAGCGCCACACGGGCCAGCUGAGGGGUGGCUGGGAAGCGGUCCUUGAAGGCACCACCUCUCACACCAGCCACAAGUGCCUCGGUCGUCACGACACUAACAAACACUGCAGACAGACAGACAGACAGACAGACAGACGAGAUUAAUGAGCAAAGCUGGCUCUCUGUCGGCCUGACCGGUGGCGUCCCACAAAUCCUGAAUGGUAAUCCACGCGACGAAGCCGUGGCUGCUAUCGGUGAGCACCAGAAACCGCACACCACCGUGCCAGCCGUCCCGGCUGAAUGUGGUGGUGCAUCCGGCCCCACUGGUGUGUGGGGCGACUGUAUGAGGAGGCCAUCCAGACGGCCACCACCAACACGCCUGAACCAACAACAGGCACAGAUACACAAAAUCAGAGACGCACCCAUCUCGCCACUGGUGUCGUUGACGUGGCGUCACCUGUUGAGGAGUAUCCGUGUGCGAUUGGGCUGGUGAGUCCUGUCGAAGUGGUUGAGGAUCUUGUUCUUGGCGAAUGACGACACUGAUGUAUUGGUGGACGGAAAGCUCGACUCCCAUUGGUUGAUAUCGCCAAAGUAGUCGAUCCCGCUCUGCACUGGUGGGUCAUGCUGCUGUCGGUGCUGCUGGAACAAGUGGCCGGCAGGGAGGGGCGGGUCGACGGCCAGCUGGAAGCCGGGCUUGUCCUUGAUGGCCCGCACCUCACCGUUGGCAUGGCGGAAGAUCUGCAGGCAGCUGCCGUCACCGAAGUCGAUGUGGCGGCCGACCACCAUGAGCUGCGCCAACACACGGGGAAACGAUCUAUACGCCUACACCACACCACACACAGACAGACGGAGAGAGAGGAUGACUGAGGCCUCUCUGUUUUCUCACCCACUGCCCCUCUGUGUGUGCCUUACCGUCUUGUUGGCGUGUGUGUUGAUGUCAUCUGACAUGAGGAUGACAGGCAGCUCACAGUUGCCGCACUGGCUGGCCAGCUGCAGCACCUCCCCCGUCUCAUCCCACCGCCCGCCCUCCUCGGCUAUGCACACCGCCGCCAUGAGGUCGGCCAUCCCCAGCGAUGGGUCGAACCGCACCAGCUGCAGCUGUGGGGUGUUGAUGCCGUCGCCGUCACGGCUCAGUGAGUGGUCCAGUCGGCUGCGCAGCUGGUCUGAUGAGAAGGCGUCUCUGAUGUCUCGUGAGGCUGCCCUCAGCUGCAGUGUGGUGCUGAUGUCGGGGAUGCGGCAGCGGUCUUCGGCAUACAGAUGGGCGAGGGGGUGCUCCUGGCGCCCCCCUGCAGAUCGAUACACAAGGCACAUCUGGUGCAUGGCGGUCGGUUGUGUCAGACACACCUGACAAUGCUGCUGCUGCUGCUGCUGCUCUUGCUGCGGGUGGCUGCGGGACGAUGCGACGCCGUGGCGGUCGGGCGAGGCGAACAGCUCGUCUACUGCAUCGGUCACGAUCUGCACACACCACACAAACACAAACAACGACAUCAACACGGUGCUGUGUUGGCGAUUCUACUGGUCUUCUGCCAUGCUCACCGCUUUGGUGGUCUGUGUGUCGCCCCACAUGAGCCGCUGCAUCCUCAACGUCGUCAUGCUCGACUCCAACGCCGACUCGCUAACCGAGCUCUCAGCCACAAGGGCCGCACUCUGACAAUGAACAAUGGGACAAACCCACACAGGCCGUAGAUAGGCCAUGACACGUGUCGCUUCGGCUCACCCAUAUGCGGCCCGCUAUCUCUUUCUGGUUUGUCUUGCGUGUGAUGUAGACGGCCGUGGCGGCCAGCAGACGGACAUCGCACCCGGCCAAGUCGAUGUCACAGAUCGACAAGAACUGCACAGACAGACAGACAGACAGACAGAGAGGGAGGGACAAGCCAUUCGAUGGCUGGAGGUGUCUGUCUGUGUGUGGCUGGCUGCCCGACUGACCAUGAGGUAUUUGGCCAAUGAGAACAGGCGGCCGUGGGUGUCCAUGCCGGCCGCAGUGAACAGCUUAUCCAGACACUCAAUGCCGCACACAGAACAAUCAGACCUCACAGCCAGCAGCCGCACCGCCCGCAUGACGGUCGCGUCGCGGCAGCCCAGAGAUGAGGCGCUCUUUACUAAGCGAUUCACCAACACGGCUGCCACACAUGACAGACAUCACAGCACACCUCUGAGGGCAUCUGUGGUGUGCUGCUGUGUGCAAGUCGGGCGUACCUCUCUGUGCGGCCAUUUCAU